AUGGGUGCGGGGCUUGAAUGUCCACGCGUCGGCGUUGCCGAGGCGGCGAGCGGUCGAGCGACCCUUUGCUCUGCACCGCCACCAGCUGGGCACCCGUGGCUGCAGGCUGAACUCGACGAUGGGUCGGCCCCUCCGUUCUGCGUCACUGCUCCUCCGGCAAAAUCGCGCGCUCUAAAGCGGCUGCCCUGCAAGCCGCAACUGCAAAUCCUGGGAGGGGUAAUGACUAUCGCCAACAUCGUGAAACUCGCGACCUGUGCAGCCGCGCUCGCCGCCCUCUCGGGUCCGGACAACUCUUGGCUGCAGUUCUCGCCGUCAACCCUUGACCUCACGGCCUAUGAAGAGGGCGCCAAGGUCACGAUUGCGGUCUCAUCGAGCAAGGUCGUCGGUGAGGUGUUCAACGCAGCCAUCAUCGAUGCGAAAGGCGUAUUCACAACCGAUGCCAGCCUCAAGGUCGAAAGCGACCUGAAGUACACGGCCAAGCUGAACGUGGCGCCCAACCUGGUGCCAGGGAGCUACGCGGGCAACCUUGAAGUUCGCCUGUGCAGGGACGCUGCCAUCGUGUGCAAAGACCCGAUCCCGGGCUCGCCCUGGCUUGUGCCCUACAACAUCACCGUCAAGGCGUCGAUCAACUUGAGUUCGUUGAAGCCGUUGGCGGGCGCAGGCCCCUGGUCAACGUUCCAGGGCAAUGCCAUGCACAGCGGCUUUGUGCAGGCAAGCCUGGACCCGACCCAGUUCAGCAGACGCUUUCGCGCCAACGCCAAGCUCAGUGAUGCGGUCAGCGACAGCGGUUAUGUCUGCGGCGUUUCCGGCAGUCGCGAUGCAACGAACUGGACGCUGACCUGCCUCGAUGAAUCCACUGGCCAACCCCGCUGGCAAACGGUCCUAGGUUAUGGAUACCAGGUCAACCCGCCAGCGCUGGUCGACGGAAAGCUCUUUGUCACGACAACGGGCCAAAGCAACGCAUCCUUGCGCGUCUUCAGCGCGAUCAAUGGCCAGUUCUUGACCAAGCAAGACUUGACGUCACAGUGGGACACCUACCUCGCACCGACCGUGCUGGAUGGCUCGGUCUACACGAACAGCGGCACCUACGGGGGCGUCGUCAAGCUCGACGCUGUCAGCGGCACCCUGAUUUGGGGCACUGCGCUGCCGCAGAACGAUUUUUGGACCCCUGCCGUGCUCGAUGGCAAGGUGCUUGCCUUUGUCGACAACACCUUCUACGAAAUCAGCGCCAGCACCGGGAAGGUGCUGGCUGAAGUCAGCAACUUGAGCGGGCCCGGCGGUGGCGGGGGGGCCAUGGGCAGUGCGGUAGUUCCGGAUGGGGCGACGACAGCCUAUGUGAGUCGGAUGGGGCUCGGCGGCAUCAACGGCGGCCAUGUGAGCAAGAUCGACCGCACGCUGGCCAAGGCCGUCUGGCGCGUGAAUGCUGCGGUUCGCAGCAAUCCAGUUGUCGUGGGUAGCACGGUCUAUGUACGGACAUCGACGGACCUCGAGGCACGAUCGACGAGUGACGGGCGUUUGCUGUGGAGUUGGGCUGCGCCCGCGGGCUUCGAUCUGCCGUACCCCUCAGUUGCACCGCUGAUCGUCGUUGGCAACCAUGCCUUUACGAAUGUCGCGGACGGCACCGUCGCCAUCGAUCUGAGCACCCGAAAGGUCGUCUGGCAGGAUCCUGCCUCCGGCGCCUUGAGCGUCUCGCCAAAUGGCAUCCUGUACAUCAGCAGCUCCAGUGGCCUCGUGGCCGUCAAUCUGCGCUGA